AUGGAUGUUAAGAGUGUGUUUCUAAACAGGUAUAUUAAAGAAGAAUUCUACAUGGAACAACCACCAGACUUUCAAGACUAUAAGCAUCCAGAUCAUGUCUUCAAACUAAGGAAGGCCUUAUAUGGACUGAAACAGACACCAAGAUCUUGGUAUGAGCGUCUAAGUGAAUUUCUAGGAAAAAAGGGAUUUAAUAGGGGUAAAGUAGAUUCAACCCUCUUCAUUAAAAAUUCCAAAAAUGAUAGAUUGUAUGUACAAAUUUAUAUUGAUGAUAUCAUUUUUGGUUCAACUAAUUAUGCUUUAUGCAAAGAGUUUUCUAAGACAAUGCAGGAAGAGUUUGAAAUAUCCAUGAUGGGAGAACUCACAUACUUUCUGGGGCUUCAAGUUAAGCAAAGUGAAAAUGGUAUCUUUAUUCAUCAAUCUAAAUACUGCAAUGAUCUGUUGAAAAAGUACAAGAUGUUAGACUGCAAAGAAGCUGAGACACCUAUGGCAACAAAUUGUUAUCUUGAUCUUGAUGAAAACGACAAUGUUGUUGAUCAAAAACUGUAUAGAGGUAUGACCGAACCUUUAUUGUACUUAACUGCCAGUAGACCAGAUAUCAUGCAUAAUGUUUGUCUUUGUGCUAGAUUUCAGUCACAACCAAAAGAAUCACAUUUAACUAUUGUGAAAAGAAUUUUAAAGUAUCUAAAAGGAACCAAGAGUCUUGGACUAUGGUAUCCUAGUGGAAUAAACAUUUUCCUUGAAGGUUACAGUGAUUCAGAUUUUGGUGGCUGUAAACUAGACAAAAAUAGUAUUAAUGGGACAUGUCAUCUGUUAGGAUGUUCUCUAGUAUCUUGA